AUGGCGGAAAGCGCCGUGGGACCAAAACUCGAGAUUGUCACCGCGCUCGCAGCGCUCCUAGGGCAGUUGCGAGAUUACAAAUUCGACCGCGUCGGCAACCUCUACUUCAAGGGUCGUGAAAGACGUCCAGAUCCUGAAAAGCAGUCUAAAGCUGCCUCACUAGCCCAUAGUCUUUCGAAGGGCCAUUCAGAACUUCACGUGAGUGGAUGGCAGUGGCUUCAAAUGAGCUGGGUCAAGACUGGUCCCAUGUUUAAGGCAUCGACGAAUCACGCAGAUUUCGACGAUGACGACUGGGGCAGUGACUGCGAUGGAGAAGAUCCAGACAUGGAAAAGUUAUCUAGCGACUAUCAAGACGUGCUACCUUGGGUCUUCCCAGCUGCCAAAAACGUUUCUCCCUACGUUCUGUAUCAUCACAAUAUGAGCCUCGCAAAGAUCUCAGUUAAUCCCCACACUUACGAAAUUACAGGUAUCAUAAAUUGGGAGACGAUUCAAGUAGUACCGGAACGGAAGAGUUCCAGGUUCCCGGAAUUCCUCACAGAUCAGAAAGAUUUCGAGGAGAUCGACGAUGAUGAGCCCAGAGUUCUUACGCCGGCCGAGUAUGAUGAGGACGGUGAUGACUACAACGCUACGGUGGUGGAACGUAAGGAUCGAUGGGACAACGGGAUCUUGAGGCAACAUUACGACGUUGCCUUCAAGCUUGGUUGCCUUACGUCGUACGAGGAGUGA